CAAUGCCACACGGAGCGAAGUGCUGCAGCGCAGUCGUUACCGAAAAGGAAGUGAUUGUCAGUCACGUAGAGCUGGUAAAAGACAGAAGCUGCUGUUUCGCCUUGAAUCACGGCUAUAUAAGUCACAAUGAUUCUUCACUGAAGUAAACAGUUUGCCUGAAGUUUUGAACGUACAGUUUGAGGAGCCAAGAACAAGAAAGAUGGGAGUUCCGUCUGUUGCUGCAGUCUAUUUCAUCCUGUUUGCUUUCGUCGGUCAUUUGAGAGCUUCAGUGAUUCCAAAGGAGGAAAUAGCGGAGAAUUUGAAUUUGGAGCAGUAUUACCUUCGCAUAACCGAGAGUGGAACAACGUUUGCAGAGAAAAUAGAAAUAGACGAGGAGAAAGACAUGGAAUACUUUCAUGUUCCAGCUCACAAUGAUGUGACAGAAGCCGCUGACUAUUUGUACGACUUUAAAAAUGAUAUGUCUGUUCGUCGGGUGAAAAGUAAAGCCAUUUGCUAUCUUGGACCACUUCCAGACGACUUGCCAAAACCAGCCCAUUUGAAAGCUGAAUUGCAAGGGCUUUCCCAAGUUCCCCCCAGUGAGAACAAAGUCAUAGUUCAAAAGUAUUGGGUCGUAUCAGAGCAGGUCGACAAAAUCUUUCUCCGACGAGAAGUGCAAGAAUUCUGUGGCCAAUUCCCAAUCUAUCGCUUGCAAGAAGUUGACUUUAAUUCUACUCGCGAGGCAGAGAUCGACGGAGGACACNCCAAACUGCUCCAGUUAUACAGUCUUUUAUUUUAUGCUCGUGAGACUCCUAUGACUCUAAAAAGGAUAAUGCUACAUGAAAUACUUAAUACAGAUCACACUUCUGAGCUAAAGCUGACAGAACGUACAGUUCAGCAUUGA